AUGUACCUUCUUUUUUUCUCUUUAAUCUCUCUCUCUCCUUUUUCUUUCUUUCUCUUUCGCUCUCUCUCUCUCUCUCAUUUCUUUUUCUCUCUUUCUUUUCUCUCUAUUUCUCUCUCUUUCAUUCUUUUCUCUCUUUCCUGUUUCUCUGAUUUCUUGCUUUUUUCUUUCUCUCUCUUUCUCUCAUUUCUCUCUUUUCUAUUUCUCUCUUUUCCCUUUCUCCCUCUCUUUCUCUUUUCUCUUUCCCUCUCUUCUUUCUUUCUUUCGUUCUUUCUUUCUUUCUUUUCUCUUUCUCUAUAUAUCUCUCUCUUUCUCUAUCUCUAUAUUGUCCGUAAUUUUAUGAGCAGUUUGUAUUUACCACACUAUCACUAUAUCUAUCUAUCUAUCUAUCUAUCUAUCUAUCUAUCUAUCUAUCUAUCACAGUCUGUUCAUAAUCUACCUAUCUAUUUAUUGAACAUUCUCCUCCCUCCCUCCCUCUCUCUAUCUAUCUAUCUAUAA